AUGUCAUCUGAACUUGAUUCAUUAAGACAACGCAUUAUUGAGCUUGAGGCCGAGAAUGCUGAGGUUAAGGCCAAAUAUAUCAAGGUUAUGGAUGAGAAUGCAGAGGUCAAGGCUAAGAAUGCAAAGUUAAGGUGCGCUUUGGAAGAAUAUGAAGCUAGAUUCACGAGAUUAGAGCAGAGAGAUAAAGAAAAGACCAACCUUAUUUCCAAAAUGGAUGAUGAUGAUAUUAAGGAAAUCAAACAAUUAUUGGCUAAUGCCAGCUCUGUCGAGAACCCAACAAUGUUGUUCGCCUGGUCAUUGGAGGUUAAAGAGACAGAUGAUUUCUUCGAUGAGGUACAUAAGAAAAGGGUUAGUGAUGAGAUAAGGCAACGUAACAAAGAAAAGAAAAUUCAGUGUGAGUCAACUGUCCCUUCUGACUUAUCAUGUGUUACAGAAACUUCUCUAAGAAAUCAUGAUGAAAAUGAAAGUAACACAAAAACCGUGAACAUUGUUCACAAUUAA